UUUUCCAUACAAAUCCUCUAAAUUUUCCAAAAAUUCAAACUGUCGUAUAAACUUACUCUUUACUUCCAGGGGUCUCAAACUUGGGCAUUUUGGUAUUUUCGAUGCACCCUUUCCAUUUCUGUCAUUCUUUAAGUUAUAGCCCAUAAUAUAAAAAAUUUCCUAGGAGAACUUUGGUCACGUGACCCCAGCUGCAAAGGGCCUAUUCCAUAAAUGUGCCUCUCUGUAGCAGAAACUGUUUUAAAAAAUCAGUACAGGGCUUGGCUAUGUUAAUUUGCCUUCUAUAUUUUAUCAUUUUUUAUUUUAUUUUUGUAAGUCCAUAGUCUUUGCUGAAGGGUUAAAGAGACCUUUCAAGUACCCUAUAAGGUUUUGUCUGUACAUUUUGCUGUUUAUUGCUGUGAAGACAGAAUUUGUUUCUUAAAUUUUCCCAUUGACAAAGCCAAACAGAUUUCCCUCUUAUGGAUUCUACAAGUUGGCUCAUUGAUGAAUUGGGCUAAAAGCAUGAAGUGUUGAAAUACUGUAGGUUGGUUCUCAUGGCAGAGUAAGCUGGCACCCAUAUUCACAUGAGUACCUAAGGCUAGAGGCUUAAGGGGAUUCCAGAGGGAUGCUCCCCUAAAACAUUUUUAGAAAUUAGACUUAAAUUCUGUGAUGAAAAUAUAUAAAUUAAUGUUUUAAUUUUGCUUUCAAAAACUGUGAAUAAUUUAUACAGCUAUUUCUCACUAGCACAAUGUGACUUCAGGAGAAAAAGUAUUUUUACUGAUCACAGCCUUUGUGAAUGUGACUUUGUUAUAUUGUACUGUAUUCAAAGGUUGUUGCAAUUCAGUGACCCUUUUGACAUGUAAAACAUGCAGUGAAAGGUCAUUUCAUUGAAAAGGUGUACUUGUGCGUUGUGGUCGCGUAAAAUGUCGUGUGCAAAUGUUAUGUAACAGCAUCAUUGAUUGAGAGAGGGUCCUGGUAGCUACUUUCAUAAUGUAAUUAAUGCGUAUGCAGUGCAAUCAAACUGCACACUGCAUUUGUCUCCUUAAGUGCAGGUGGGUACUUUACUCAGAACACAUUAGGUUCCACUACCUAGGUCCUGGCUUAUAAUAAACCCCUGGGUAGUGCACGACACUUCUUUUGUGGUAUCUAAAUUCUUGGAAUUUCAGGGAACACAUAGUAUACUGUAGAUCAACCAACAGGGUGGUGAAAUGACUGAGUUAUCUUUCAAGUCUCUGUAUUUUCUUACAAAAGUACUUUGAGAGACUAGCACAGAAUUCAAGGGAGAAAGGGUGCACAAAAGAAAGGAAGGCUAGCAGUGGUAGUUUUAAAUGGUGAUGUCAAGUGUGUUAUUUCUUUUACAGGCUGUACUGUAGCACCAUGAUUGAUCCAAGGAACAUGCCAUGUGCUCGGGUGUGUCUGUCACGGCUGCUGCCAAAAGAACUUCCCCCAAAUGCACAGGAACAGUAUCACAACUAUACUAUCCAAAGGAAGAGUAGUUUGACCCUAUUAAAUGCAGCAAAAGACCCAACUGACGUUGUUGCGUCUUCUGUAAGUCCAGGGGACUUCUCGUUUGAAUUAAGAGCAAGUGAUCAAUCGCACACUAAUGCUACCUCAUUAAAUGUACCCAGGAACACCGUUGACGGUGUUGAUACAAAUACCCAGCAUCUUCUGAACAACAGCACAAAUGGGUACAAUGCUUCUGCACAGAGUUCUCCUUCCAACCACUCUUGUAUAUCGACAGUAAAUGAUUGGGUGGACUUGAAACCUGGUAAUGUACCUACCAACAUGUCUACUAAACGAAGAAGCUCUGUGGCUUCAUUGUCUUCUAGUCAUUCAUCAAGGAGCUCAAAAGGCAGGGAAAUUGUCGCCUCUGUUUCUCUGACACCUGUAACAUGGAAAAGACCAAGGUAUACCACCAGACCAUAUGAGGACUGUAUGCCUGAAACUGAACUUGAGUUGGAUGAAAUGUCAGAUGUUACAGAUGAUUCCACACUGUCAGAGAGUAAAGAUAACUUUCCUUAUUGUAUGAGAAAAUAUCUGAAACCUAAAGACUUUUCUUAUGAAGAAGUGUCUGUGACAUCAAACCUAUCUACGUCAAAUGCUUCUGAACAAGUGAUGGAUGAAAAUAGAAAUGCUUCAGGUUUUGCUUCACUCAGUGACCAUGUCAUGUAUGGUUGUGAAGAUAUGUGGCCUGAUCUUCAUUGCUAUUCACCCCCAGAAAGUCCAGAUACUGAAGAAAUUGAAACCACUACUUUAAACGAAUUUUCUGAGGAAACCAGUGCAUUGGAAGAUCUGAAUACAAGAACUCAGACUUGGACAGAAAGUGGAAAGCCAGGUACAUUUUCAUAUUCCUUGCAUUCUGACAAAGAACAUUUCACUGGUGAACAAAAUAGGCUUCUCUCUCCGGAGCCAAAGCUUGUACCACUCGAUGGAAAAGAAUAUAAACACUGUAAAAGGAAAAUGUCUUUCAAUGAAACUGGCUUUAAAAGAAAAUCCAUAUCUCCAAAGGGAGAUCUUGUCGUCAAAGUCGAAGAUGUCAGAGAGAAGUUAAAACCAUGUGCCAGUGGGGGACUUACUGUUGUGACGAAUUCUGCAACAGUACGAUACACAAGUUCUGGACGUAAAAUUGCUAAUAACUAUGCUGAAAAAGAACUUGCCAAGCUGUCCUUGGUGCGUGCACAUGACGCAGAGAAGAAAAAGCGUAAAGUACAAAGCAAGGUUCCAAAGGGCUCUACACAAGUGAGAAAACACCCAAACAAAAAUCCCACUGGAAAGAGGAACAAUCCCCUCUUGCGUUAUGAGAACUUAAAGUUUUCUGAACUCAAUACUAUUCCCAGAAUGUCUGUUAGGUACAAGGUAGCUUUUACAAAGUGGCCAUUUGUAUUUUCUGGUGCUUUGGACCUCAUCAAUCAAAGGCUUGUAAGUCAAAAUGCAUUCUGGGAUUCAGUGAAAUCCUGAUGAAAUUACAUGAUUGAAAUAAAUAUUGUAGCUACAAAUGGAAUUUACUCUAAUAGACGAUUUACAUGACGGCGUCAUUUGACUACAACUACCAGAAUCCUUCACUUUUUCUGUUUCUUAUGUUAAUCAGGGCAAUUGUUAUU